AUGUCCACAUCCGCGACCGCCGUCCUUGAGAAAACCCCACCCACCACCCUCGCCCUCUCCGUCUCAACCCUCCUCCUCGGCCUCGUCGCAGGCUAUUUCAUCGGCAGCGGCUCUUCCCUGGGCCUCUUCUCCACCCCCUAUUCCACCCCAUCCUCCUCCGGAUCAAGAACAAAAUCCUCCAAACGCAGUAAGAAGCAGGCCCCCAAAUCCUCCUGGCCCAACUCCUACGACGUCACCGUCCAACCAGGCGACUCCUCCGACGAAGAAUUCGCGCGCGCCAUUCACACCGGCACCGGCACCGGCGACGCCGACGACGAGGACUCCUCUCCCGACGAAGACACCUCUCAGGAAGAAGACGAGGACGACGACGACGACGAAGAAGACCUAGCCGUCGACACCACCGCGCUAAAAGAGCAAGCCAAGUCGCCCGACGAGGUCAAGCUGAUGCUCGUGGUGCGCACCGACCUCGGCAUGACCAAGGGCAAGAUCGCCGCGCAGUGUGGGCACGCCACGCUUGCCGUGUACAAGACUCUGGCGGGCAGUGCGGCGGGCGUGCCGUUGCUGAGGCGGUGGGAGAAUGGCGGGCAGCCGAAGAUUGCGGUCAAGUGCGAGAGCGAGGAGGAGUUGCUGUUGUUGCAGGGGCAGGCGAUGAGUUUGGGGCUGGUGGCGCGCGUUAUCAGAGAUGCGGGCCGGACGCAGAUUCAGGCGGGGAGUGCGACGGUGUUGGGCGUCUUGGGGCCCAAGGGGGCUGUGGAUGGGAUUACGGGGGGGUUGAAGCUGUUGUGA